UCGCGGUGCGGUGGGGGCGGGGCGCGGACGGAGUUGAUGUGAUUGUCGGUGAGAGGGAAGAAAAAGAUGGCGGUGGCGGCGGCAUUAGUGGAGUUCCAGCGCGCUCAGUCUUUAGUCAGCACCGACCGGAACGCGUCUAUAGACAUCCUGCACAGUAUCGUGAAACGUGAUAUUCAGCAAGAUGACGAAGAAGCUGUCCGUGUUAAAGAACAGAGUAUUCUGGAGCUGGGAGGGCUCCUCGCCAAAACCGGGCAAGCAGCAGAACUGGGGGGACUGCUGAAGUACGUCAGACCAUUCCUGAAUUCCAUCAGUAAAGCCAAGGCUGCUCGAUUGGUUCGGUCAUUGCUCGACUUGUUUCUAGAUAUGGAAGCAGCAACUGGCCAAGAGGUUGAAUUAUGUUUAGAAUGCAUCGAGUGGGCAAAAUCUGAGAAAAGGACGUUUUUACGCCAGGCUUUGGAGGCUCGCUUGGUUUCUCUGUACUUUGACACUAAGAGGUACCAGGAGGCAUUGCAAUUAGGAUCACAAUUGCUCCGUGAGCUGAAAAAGAUGGAUGAUAAGGCACUGUUGGUGGAAGUUCAGCUGUUGGAGAGUAAAACAUAUCAUGCUUUGAGUAACUUGCCAAAAGCACGAGCUGCCCUGACCUCAGCACGAACAACUGCAAAUGCAAUCUAUUGCCCACCCAAACUACAGGCUGCCCUUGAUAUGCAGUCAGGUAUUAUCCAUGCUGCUGAAGAGAAGGACUGGAAGACUGCUUACUCCUAUUUUUAUGAGGCAUUUGAAGGAUAUGAUUCUAUUGAUAGUCCCAAAGCUAUCACAGCAUUGAAAUAUAUGCUGCUGUGCAAAAUUAUGUUAAAUACACCAGAAGAUGUCCAGGCAUUGGUGAGUGGGAAGCUAGCACUCCGAUAUGCUGGGCGACAGACUGAUUCGCUAAAAUGUGUGGCCAAAGCAAGUAAGAAUCGAUCACUGGCUGAUUUUGAAAAGGCUUUAACAGAUUUCCAAGCAGAGCUACGGGAUGAUCCGAUUAUCACCACACAUCUGGCAAAGCUGUAUGACAACUUAUUGGAGCAGAAUCUUAUCAGAGUGAUUGAGCCUUUCUCCAGAGUUCAGAUAGAACACAUAGCAAGUAUUAUAAAACUAUCCAAGGGUGAUGUGGAAAGGAAACUCUCUCAGAUGAUCUUGGACAAGAAAUUUCAUGGUAUUUUAGACCAAGGCGAAGGAGUCCUGAUUGUGUUUGAUGAGCCUCCAGUAGACAAAACGUAUGAAACUGCGCUUGAAACAAUCCAGAAUAUGAGUAAAGUAGUGGACUCUCUCUACAACAAGGCAAAAAAACUAACAUAGAGAGAGAAUCUGUGUUCCAGAGAGUUGGACUGUGUGACAGAAGAGAGCAGAGCUUGGAGAAAUGCUAGGAUUUUUUCAGUGUGUCCUACUUUCAGUCUGAAAGUUUUUAAAUCCCUCGUCAAACUCAUUCUGUUCAGAACAAGUUUGUUCCAGUUUGAUGUAGCCUUUAUCCAGCAGGUUAUCAGGGGAUGGUAUGACAUUUUUUUAAAAUCCUUUUGUCAUAUUUUGUCCUGCUCUUCAUUCUAUUGAGGGUUUAACCAAACUCUCGCUUUGUUAUAUCCAGAGGUUUUUGGUUGACCGUUGACCCAUGCUGUCUCUGGACCUGGCUGACAUCACACUGCUUUUGACCUGACUUGUUUUCCAACAGUUUCCUACACAUGCCGUCGCUGUUUUGGUUCUUGCCAUCAAUAUCAAAUGUACAAACGGUUCUCGCUAACCAACAAUUAUCAGGUAUAUCUGAUGUUCAGAUGAGUUCAUAAAUAAAGAAGAAAACAUUUUUUUCAAA